CCAGUCCCCCGCCGGGUGGAGGAAGCGCGCAGGAGGCGCCGCGUCCUAAUCAAUGGGCCGGGCGGCUUAGCGCGCGGGGCCACCUGGUCCGAGGAAGAGCAGUCCCCGGGCCCGCCGCAGGUCGGGUGGCUCAGCCAUGGCUCCUCUGGGCGCAGCGGCCGGCCGGAGCCCGGGAUCCUGCGCGGGGCGCUGAGCUCCCGAGUGGACAGAGGGCACGGGCGGGUGGACGUCGGGGCGCCCUCGGGGAACGUGCGGGCACCAUGCGUCCCCACCUGUCGCCGCCGCUGCAGCAGCUACUACUGCGGGUGCUGCUCGCCUGCGCCGUGCACUCGGCUGGAGCCCUUCCCCGACUAUGUGACGUGCUGCAAGUGCUGUGGGAAGAGCAAGACCAGUGCCUGCAGGAACUCUCCAGAGAGCAGACAGGAGACCUGGGCACGGAGCAGCCAGUGCCAGGUUGUGAGGGGAUGUGGGACAACAUAAGCUGCUGGCCCUCUUCUGUGCCGGGCCGGAUGGUGGAGGUGGAGUGCCCGAGAUUCCUCCGGAUGCUCACCAGCAGAAAUGGAUCCUUGUUCCGAAACUGCACACAGGAUGGCUGGUCAGAAACCUUCCCCAGGCCUAAUCUGGCCUGUGGUGUUAACGUGAACGACUCUUCCAACGAGAAGCGGCACUCCUACCUGCUGAAGCUGAAAGUCAUGUACACCGUGGGCUACAGCUCCUCCCUGGUCAUGCUCCUGGUCGCCCUUGGCAUCCUCUGUGCUUUCCGGAGGCUCCACUGCACCCGCAACUACAUCCACAUGCACCUGUUCGUGUCCUUCAUCCUUCGCGCCCUGUCCAACUUCAUCAAGGACGCUGUGCUCUUCUCCUCAGAUGAUGUCGCCUACUGCGAUGCCCACAGGGCGGGCUGCAAGCUGGUCAUGGUGCUGUUCCAGUACUGCAUCAUGGCCAACUACUCCUGGCUGCUGGUGGAAGGCCUCUACCUUCACACACUCCUCGCCAUCUCCUUCUUCUCCGAAAGAAAGUACCUCCAGGGAUUUGUGGCACUCGGAUGGGGUUCUCCAGCCAUUUUUGUUGCUUUGUGGGCUAUUGCCAGACACUUUCUGGAAGACGCUGGGUGCUGGGACAUCAAUGCCAACGCAUCCAUCUGGUGGAUCAUUCGUGGGCCUGUGAUCCUCUCCAUCCUGAUUAAUUUCAUCCUUUUUAUAAACAUUCUAAGAAUCCUGAUGAGAAAACUUAGAACCCAAGAAACAAGAGGAAAUGAAGUCAGCCAUUACAAGCGCCUGGCCAGGUCUACUCUCCUGCUGAUCCCCCUCUUUGGCAUCCACUACAUUGUCUUCGCCUUCUCCCCAGAGGACGCCAUGGAGAUCCAGCUGUUUUUUGAACUGGCCCUUGGCUCAUUCCAGGGACUGGUGGUGGCCGUCCUCUACUGCUUCCUCAACGGGGAGGUGCAGCUGGAGGUUCAGAAGAAGUGGCAGCAGUGGCACCUCCGUGAGCUCCCACUGCACCCCGUGGCCCUCAGCUCCUCCUUCAGCAACAGCACCAAGGCCAGCCACCUGGAGCAGAGCCAGGGCACCUGCAGGACCAGCAUCAUCUGAGAAGCUGGAGCAGGGCCACCCAUGGACAGAGACCAAGACAGGUCCUGAGACGGCUGGGCACUGCUGCGGGACAGCGCGUCUUCCCAGCAGGCACCCUAUAGUAUACCCUCCUUCAGCUGUAGAAGCCCCUUCCCGGGCCUUGGACUCUUCCGAAGGGAUGUGGGGCACUGUGGGGCAGGACAAGGGCCUGGGAUUUGGUUUGUUUGCUCUUCUGGGAAGAGUUCAGGGGUCCCAGAAAGGGACAAGGAAAUAAAGGGUGCCUGGGACGAAAUU